AUGGGAAAUAAAACAACGAAAUCGUCAUUGGAUCCAACACUUUUGGAUAAAUUAACAGAAGAAACAGGCUUAGAACGUGAAGUGAUUAUAGCAUGGAGGAAACAAUUUCUCAGUGCAUGUUCAUCGGGUAAAAUGAAUCGAAAGGAUUUCUUUAAAUUUUAUCGUUCGUUACGCAUGGAAUCGGAUGAUAAAGUCAAAGAGAUUGUUAAUUUCAUCUUUACUGCGUUCGAUCGCGACUCAAAUGGCAAGAUCGACUUCGAAGAAUUUCUCUGCGGGUACGCGAUCACAUCAUUGGGUACGAUGCGGCAAAAAUUGGAAUAUGUUUUCGCCAUUUAUGACAAAGAUAAAAAUAAUUCAAUUGAUCGAAAAGAAAUGGUGCGAGUUAUGUCGGCUAUGUACGAUCUAUCAGGCAAAUCCAAAGAUGAAUACCCACCGGAACGUUGUGUCAACGAUGUUUUCUCAUUAAUCGAUGUUAACAAUGAUCAUUCAUUAACUAAAGAUGAAUUCGUGGAAGGCGUACUCAAAAAUCCCUAUAUAUCUGAUAUCGUUUCACCAUUUAACCAAUAA